UGUAGAAACUGAAAGAGUUUAGUCUGCCUCUGAGACUAGGGGAAAUGUUUCUUUUAGCCUGCCUGUGUCUGUAUGAAGGAAUAAUGGCAAGACAUUGCUACACUCUGCCACUGCAGGAGAAAGGGCAUUGUGUGCAUUAGUUAGGCAAAGAUAAUCGCUUUUAAACAACUGGCUUUGGAAGCACAUUAGAAGGACACUACAUCUAAUAGUGGGAUGCAGCUGUCUUAUGAUUUUUGGGGGCCUGGGCCAUGAGUUUUGUAUGCUUGGAGUUACCAACACUGAGCAUGAUUGAUGAAAGCUGGUAACUACCCUGACACAAGAUGCUGGCACAUUUUUGUAGGAGCUGACCAACAGCGAAUCUGUCUGCCCUAGGAAGUCAUUCUUUUCUUCAUGCCCUAGAUUACUAUAUGAUGUUGAAGCAUUCUAUCCCAGAGAGGGCAGAAUUUCUGGGGUGUGUGAAGUGCUACUAUGCAGCUCUUACCAACUUGUUUGCAGUUUCAGAGUGCCAGAAUCUGAUAUGCUGCAUACGUGAGUGAUUGGAACGUGUGCUUCAUGACUAUUUCUGGGCAUGGCAUGGAGGACUGUCAGUCCGCUUGUGAAAUGUGACUCGCAGCAAUAAAUGGAAGGAAAUGUGCUUUCAGAGACGCAGGUGGGGAAACGUAAUGUGAAUGUGUUUCCUGGAGGAGCUGGUUGUUAGCAGAUAUGACUUCGUGUGGGAAUGAGAUAGAAAGAUGGAACCUCAAGCAAGCUGGAAGAACUGCAGAAUGGUUAGAGCCAGUGGCCCCACCAGACUAUGCUAACAGACUCUCACCAGCAAAGUCCGUCAGCAACAUAAACCACCUCUUACACCUUCCUGCAAAAGUGGACUCUGCCUACAGCUCUUUCUCAGGGGGUUCCAAUGUCCCAGAAUAUCAUGCUCCACAGUACUGCAACGAACACUGCUGUCUGCCCUUGCAGCAGUUGCCAUAUAUGGAUUCUGAAUAUGUAAGAGGUAUUUAUAAUCCUAAUGCAGUAAACUCUGAUUUGAAGUACAAGUCGUUGGAGCUGAGUAGUCAUCAUAACUCUAACAACAUAGGUCUCAAUGGACAAAGCACUCCUACUCAUGGGACUUUGUAUCAGCCACCAUUGCCUUUGGCUCGACCUCCCUCUUCCCUUUCUCAGCCACCCUCCCCACCAGCACGACUUGAUAGCUAUAAAGCUACCAAGGGGAGAUCUAACUCGGGAAAUCAUUUUGAAAAUAUCGUGCAACUGGCUCCUUUUCCCCAGGACACUAGCAAUGGCCUCCUCCCUUCCAAUUCCAUAACAAACUGGUUAUCUAGAUCUAAAAAUGAGGAGCUAAAUACAGAGGAAAGUGAAGAGUGGGGUCCAUCCCAAGACAUCGCAAAGAAAAACAAUCUGCACGUUUAUACCAGGCCCUCCUCUUUCAUUUUUCAAGAAUAUUUAAAAUCUGACUCUUUGGGAAAUACCCAAAAGCUUUCCAGUGCUCAUAAUUCAGUCCAUGCUUACAAAAUUCCAGAGGAGAUGAACUCUAAGCCCUCUCUUCCACUACAUACCAACCCCAGUGCUGUUAAUGAUACACAAGAGAACAAACAAUAUUUUUAUGCCUGCAGUGUACACAAAUCACCCUUCAUAGGAGCAGAUUUGCAAAGCACAAUGACAGAAUCCAGCCAACGAGAGAGACAGAUUCCUUGUAUUCAGUGCCCUUUCUGGGCUGAAGAUCAUUCAAACUUGGAUCAGGAUGUGCUGGAGAGCAAAGCAGGCUUAAAAUAUAUGGACAGUCCUAUUCCAGAAGAGGAUGUAUCCAAGAAACUGAACAGCUAUGAGGACAAGCAUCAGCGUUCCAGCUCUGAAGAAGCAAACAAGAAUGACAUUUGGGAACCAUUUCGCAAUCCACAAACCCCAAUGCAGAAAUCACUACAGUCGCAAAGUUUGGAUAAUGUAGAAGGAGACCACGUUCACCGUGGGGAAUUGAGUUUGGGCCACAAAUCAUUUUACGAUGGUGCGGACAAUACAUCGUAUUUCAGACCAAAUGAAGGUUCCACUUCUCAUUUUUUAAAUGGAGCCAAGAGAGAAAAGCAAACUAAUAAGAGUAGUCCUGACCUUACCAUGAACCCAAAGCAAGAAGAAACCCUAAAUCCUGUUCAUUAUACAAAACAUCAACUUGAAUUUCAGAAGAAGCUUGAAAGUCAGCCUCAGGAUGAUGCUGUCAGUGAAAAGAUUAACAGGCAGACAACUCCCCUCCUUUACUACCUUUCUGGUGGGAAAAACAGUGAUGUUCUGAGUCACAAGAAUCAGAAAUGGCAACAAGAGGAUUCAGGGGGUUUGCCAAAGAAAUCUCCAAGAAGCCACUGUCCUGCCUCAGCACAACCUAUAGAGAUACAGGGGGAAGGUAACCAGCUUCGAAAAAGCAAACACAAACAUCAGUGCAUGAGUGAUGACACCAUUAGCGAGACUGAUGAUGUAGUUCUGGGAAGCCCUGCAUCAUCAUUGGAUGAGAGUUUCAUGAAUGACUACAGGGAAAAACUUAAGGUUGCUCAAAAAAAGGUCCUAAGAGAAACAUCUUUCAAAAGAAAGGAUUUACAGAUGAGCUUGCCUAUACGGUUGAGGCAGAAACCUUCACGGCCUUCAAUUGAACAUCUCAGAUCUUUCUCAUUAACCAGUGCAAAAGAAGCUGCUAAACUGAUUCCACCUCCUGAGUCUCUGGAAUACAGUGGCAAAUAUGAAGAACCAAAGAGGCCACAAACUGCUCGAAUGGGGGGGAGGAAGAGGAUAACAAAAGAGCAAAAGAAGCUGUGUUAUUCUGAACCAGAGAAGCUCAAUCAACUGGAUGAUCAGAAAGAUAAUGGGAUGUCAUGGAGGGAAGAAAAUGCAGGGACCAGGUCAGAUGAAAUGAGUGAACAAGAGGCAGUGGUAGCCAGAAAAAGGACUCUUGAAAACCGAGGGAGGGUGCUUUCCAGUUCAAAUAUUUCCAAGACUGAGCUGAAGCAAAUCCAGCAUACUGCACUCAUUGAGUACAUGGAACGGAAGAUUAGUCAAAGGCCAGCUAGUGUACAGCCUGUCCCAUCGUAUAAACCACCCCUGCAGCAGAGGCCUUCAAAUGCAAAGUGGUUUUCGGAGUGCAAAACUUCCAAUCCAAAUAGCAGCAGAAAAAAUCAAAGUAAUGAAGUUUUCUGCCAGUUCUCUCCAGAAAAAUAUCCAGAUCUCUCUCCUUCCUCUUCUGCGUGUAUUCUCCCAGUGAUGUAUACCAACAGAAACAGUGCCUGCUCUACCGCAGCUGAGACAGUGCUUCAAAAAUGUAAGUCUGCUGCCAAGGAAACAGAGGGAAGCUGUACCAGCAGAUGUGCUUCAGCUGAUAAUCUCCCUCAGGCAGGAGCUUCUGCAUCCAGCAAAGGUCGUGAGAGGUCAAAAUCAACUCCUGCUCCUGCACGGGAUUUGAACAGAAGUGCAGCUUACCCAGAACCAUCAACUCAAGAAUGUGAAAUGUAUCCCAUCUUCCCCAGCUUUCCAUCAAAGAACGAAGUCAACUUGGCUGAGGAGGAAGAAGAAAAGAGCAUCUGCAAAGCUGGAGGAAGGGGAAAGUCUAUGGAAGAAAUUGGGAUAUCAGAAACAGUGAGACUUUCAUUGUUGAGCCAAAGCACAGAUCAGCUUCAUCGCACAAAAACCCUACAUAUCUCACCAGCACCCGGACUUGAAUUGGAGAAAAAUAACACAGCUACAAACCAUCAAAGCAGUUUGAAGAGGCCUAGGUUUGCAUCAGGAAAUCUGUCCAAACAAGCAAACACUGAAAUCACUGUUGGGCUCAAGGGAUCAGAUACAACAGUCCAAACACUUGAAAAGCUUCUUAGCACAGCAAAGCCCUAUGGCAUUUUCUUCAGUACAGAAAAUCUAACUCCGCAAUGCAUCUCCUUCCUGGGCACACUGCAAUCUCCACUGGUAUAUUCAGAGUCUCCUCUUCAGUCUCCGUUGGCCAUGUCUCCUGAUGAAGACAAUGUUUUCCUAAAUGACAGCUCUACUUGUUGCUUAGAAAUAGCUUCUCCUUGUCUUCAUGGACAAGAAAUGCCAGCAUCUUCUCUUACUGAAUUGUCUUUACAAGUUGCCUCAGUGGGAGAGCAAAGCAAAGCAGUACAAAAAGCCAGUCUCCACAUUCUUGAGAAAGAUGGAUCCAAUCUCAGAGAUGGCAAUGAAGGGAAUAAAGACAACGGAGCUGGAAAUACAUGUUGUUUGGAUGUCAGGGUGGUAACUCCUGAAAUGCCUAGUCCAGUUCCCAGAAAAGGAGAUGAUGAAGAUACUCAGGUGGAAGAAGAAUGCAAAGGAAAAUCUGUGGUGGGCAGUGCUUUAUUGAACACUCCUAGGUCACAACUAGGGGCUAAUGAUAUUGCACUUCUGCAGGACAAUGUUACAUGCUGCCAUACAGCAUCAUUGGCUCAGUCCAAUUCAGGAGAAAAAGAUGAAACUAAUAGUUCAUCCACAAAUGACAAAGCACAGCAUGGCAGCCAUGAUCACGUUUUUCCAGAAAAGCAGACAGACUUACCUGAAAAGAAAAUGAAAUCCUCUGAAGACCAGAGAUAUGAAGAACUUGCUAUGGAGAUCAUUGCCGAGGACAAGUCUCUGGUUGAUGUCCUUAUGCCUCAUCCUGUUAGAAAAACUGCUCUAGAUCUGAUGGAGGGACUUUUCCCUGUUAACAUUUCAAUGUUAGACAGAUCAUACAGAAAUAAGGGAGCUAAGACAAGAGAAAAGAUGCAGUCUGUCCAGGAAUAUGACAGAAAAAACAGUGAAUGUCAAAUGGAGCCAGCUCCUGAAACCGAACACAGUCCAGAUCAGAGGACAGAAGAUCCCAUGUCAAACACGAACCAAGUCCUGAUUAAGAGCAGAGAUGCCUCAAAUGACCUAAAUGACAUCACUUCCAAGAAAAAGGAACUCAUUUCUAGCAUCCAGUCAAAAUUGCAGACCCUGUGGGAGGAAAGGGAACUUGUCCUAUCUGAAACAAAGGAGUAUGAGGUGCGUGGCAAAGAGCUGGAGGCUGUGAUACAAGAUUUCUGCAAGCCCAAUGAGUAUGAGCGCUACAUGAUGUUCAUCGGGGAUCUGGAGAAAGUGGUGAGCCUGCUGCUCUGCUUGUCUAGCCGUCUUGCUCGAGUCCAGAACGCCAUGAGGAAGAUUGAUGAGAACACCGAUGCCGAAGAGAAGCAAUCACUAAAUGAACGGCACAACCUCCUGUCUAGACAGCGGGAAGAUGCAAAAGAUCUGAAGGAAAACCUAGACCGUCGGGAAAGAGUGGUCUCUGGCAUCCUUGCCAAAUACCUGACAGACCAGCAACUCCAGGACUACAAGCACUUUGUCCAAGAGAAGACCUCCUUACUUAUUGAACAGAAAGACCUUGAGGAACGAAUUAAAUUUCUUGAAGAGCAGUUAGAAAGCCUAGAGAAGAGCAUCCCUCUCUAAUCUUUGGCAACAGCUCACCCACUUUUAGGAAAGGAGGUUUGGAAAGCUGUAUGCAUUCACCAUACUGUUGCUAAAACUCAGUUUGAUGAACUCUUGCAAUUCUUUUAGUGCCACAGUGUUGACAAGUGCUUAGAUGAUCUAAGCACAUGCUGGAAGCAUUUUUUUCUUUGGAUAAACUGAUUGACAAAAUCUUAAAGCAUGUAGCAGAUUGCAUCUUGAAAAUGAGUGAUGGGAGAUGUCAUCCCCAUUAAUACGGCAUGGUUCCACCCCCCCCACCCUUGCCCAUCUGUUUCCAAACUGACAUCAUCUCAAUAAAAGAAUCAUAAAAAUAUUUUUCUCCUUGUGGGUGGGUUGAGUUUGUGAAAUAAAUGAUGUGGGUGUUUGAAUCUAAAUUAAAUAGAAAUGAAACAACUCCAUAGAGCAGUGCUAGGGGCCAUUUAGUGAAAAUCCUCCAAUAAUUCCACGAUAGCUCUCCCCUCUUCACUCCUAAGAAUGGCACAUAAUGAAGGAGUAGAUUAUCAUGGGAAUAACAAUGACCUGUCUUUGUCAGCAGUUACUUCCACAUCCAAGCAUCUGACAGCUCUCUGGCCACAGAGUGUGAUGGCUACUUGGCUAGUUCCUCUGAAUCUGGGUGGAGCAGAAGGCUCACAAAGGCAGUAGGAGAGCUAUGGCCAUGGAGAUUAACUUAAUGGUGAAGUCUAUUCAAAUUAAGUUUGGCCAUGAUGGUAAGAUCAAGAACUGCACCUACCCUAUCCAUUUGUAAACAUCACACAGGUGACUGGUUUUUAAAAUGACUGCAUCAGGUUGCUUUUUUUUUUUUUAAGUUGAAACCUGUUGCCUAGCACUUACUAUGGUUGAAAACUCACUGUGAUGUAGUGUGAAGCAUAUCGUGGCUGGGGAGAGAAGUUGUUCCGUUUCAAGACCUCUUUGCAGACCAUGAGGGAAACACUAGAUUUAAACAUGUAGGAGAAAAAUUCCUUUGAUGGUUCUGUUUCCAAAUAACACCGCAUAUUGAAACAAAUCAAAUGAUCUUGUUACCGUAUUUAAAUUGUUUAAUUUUCUUUUUCUUGUGCAAAUGUAUUAAAUGAGAAGAAUGUGUGUAUCAGCUGUAUGUUCCUUGAAUCUUGUUUGAGAAGUAUGAUAAUGCGAUUGGAGAGUCCUUGGCUUCUGGGCAGUAGAGGGGGGCAGGUCUUCAUGAUUCUGCACAUGGCCAAAAUACUAAGGGGACAUCUUAUGGCUUUGCUCAGGAAUUAAGGCUACUGCGGCGAGAAGCAGCAUUGAGGCCUGUCGUGGUGGAUGGAGAUGCCAGAGCCUGUGCUCACAGCACCUGACCUUGGCAGCAAACAAAACUCACUAUCAACUUCCAUUUUCUCUUUCAGUCAAACAUGGUUUGUCUCUCAGAACCUUUCUAUUUUUGCUCUCUGCUAUUAAAUACUUCAUCCAGUUGUUGAUGGAGGAGGGCUUUAGAUGGCUGUACCUGAGUCUUGCCCAUACUUUCUGUAGCUGCCACAGGAGACCAUUAAAGAAGGGGUAUAAAACACCCCCUCUGCCAAUGGCCUGUUCAAGUUCCCACUCCUGAGUGGCUUGGAUGCUUAGGUCUGAGCUUGAGAUGUGUGUGCUGACCUCUGCAUGUUAAUGCAUUAUAGUGCCAUCAAGCUCCUCCCAGCCACUCCCUUUUGUGAUUUGACCAACUCCAUCUGUGGCACUACUGGGGUCAGCUGCAGGACGUGGAUAUUCUGUUUUGUGGCACUUAGAUAGGAAAGGACAGGGUACAAUCUGGCGUUCCUCUUCCCUGGUCUUUUCUUUGUCAGUAAAGAAAUAGUUCAUUUUUAUUUUUCAUAAGUGAUCCCACUAAUAAAAUCUCACCUCCUGGGUCAUCUAGAAAGGACCACAAAAUUAUCCAGACUCGGAUGCAAGAUGAGUCACUGAAAAGACAUUCUCUUAAUGCUUUCUCAUUAUUUGUCAGUUUUUACAUUGUCAUAUGGUAGGUUAAAUGUGGAGGAUGUCCGGUUACUUUGUAUUCUGCUUGAAAAUAAACCAAAGCCUUGUUUUA